AAUAACAACCACAUGGUGCCAACUGUCGGAAGAAACAAAUGGUUUACCUCCCCUUGGGAACCUAGUUUUAGCAAGUCCGUUGUUGUUUUAUCUGAUACAAGUGCAAUAGUUCGAAUGCAAGAAGCAAGUGAGGAAGCACCAAGCAAGCAACCUAACGACCCCAAACUCAGGAGAUUCCACAAGAAGAGGAAGAGACCUACACAGAAAAAUCCACUAAAGUCAGGGUCGCUUGAUAUCCAUCCUACUGGAGCUGACCAUACUCAAAGAAGAAAUUUAGACAGCCAAUACCGAACUCUUUUCACAAGAGGUAUGGAGGAAUGGAAACAAAAGCGUUGGUCAACUGCAAGGCAGUUAUUUCAAAGUUGUGCAGAAAAUGAAUAUUGCUCAAUUGAUACUCGUAGUCGAUGUUUCCUAUCCUGGGGAAGGUUAGAAGCACAAUGUGGCAAUUGGGAAGCGGCAAGAUACGUUUUUCGAAAGGGUGUGGAGGUUGACUCUAAGAACAAACAUUUGUUUCAUGCUUGGGCUGUUUUUGAGGAAAGGUGUGGUAAUGUAAGCAAAUCUCGAGAACUUUUUGAACAGUGUAUUGAAGCAGAUCCUUCUGACGGAGUUUCUUGGCAGUCUUAUGCACUUUUAGAAGAAAGGCAAGGAAAUAUAGAACAUGCAGAAGAGUUGAUGAAGAAGGGCUUGGAAAGAGAUCCACAUAACCCGUACUUAUUGCAAGCGAGAGGAGUUUUAUUUUCACGCAAAUGUCAAUGGAAUGAUGCAGUUGCUAUGUUUGAAAGGGCAAUUGCAGUUCAUCCCAAUUAUUAUCAGGCAUGGCAAGCAAUGGCAGUGGCACAAGGAAAACUUGGAAAUAGACAAACUGCAUUAUCAUGCUUUGAAUCUGCCUUGAAGAUUUGUCCUACCUCAGUUCCUACUUAUCAAGCGUAUGCAAUGUUUGAAGCGGAAUGUGGAAAUUAUGAACAUGCGAGAUCAUUAUUUCAAAAAGGAAGCGAGUUGGAUUCCUGUCAUGCUCCUAUUUUUCAUGCUUGGGCUAAAAUGGAAGAAAGAAUAGGAAAUAUUGACAAGGCAAGAGAGUUGUAUGAGAAGGGAUUUCGUUAUUCACCACAAAGCCUAGCUAUAUUACGUGGUUGGACUUUGUUAGAAAGACGUCUCGGUCACUUGCCAGAUUCUAUAGAAUGGAAGGUCACCGAUACCUCUCAUACAGAAACGAGUCAUUUAGGAGAGAGACUGUUCAUGUUAGGUAAAAUGGUCGAGGGAAAAUCGGAAUCCGACAUUAGGAUCGUUUUAGAAUGGUUAGCAACAAGAGCCAGAAAUGACCAAAAUCUAAGGAUAAUAUUACAACAAAGAGGAAUGCAGGAUUUGAGAAAAGUUUUACAGUGGGCUGAAAGACGUUCUUCAGAGGAUAUUCGUUUGUUUGUGGAAUGGUUCAAUGAACGUUAUGAGGAAGAUAGAAGUGUGGCAGCUCUUCUAUUUGGAUGGCAGUUACCCAAAAGAACGAAAGAAAUUAUUUCACAGGCUCCACCAGAGUGGUAUUUUGUUUCUAAGCUUCCUAAAAGUUUGUCAGAAGGAGAUGACUUGUGUUAUUAUCAGUCCAAUCUUUCUGUAGACUAUUGUCAACUAGUAUACUUUUUGGGAGGAUUUGCAGAUCGUGUAUCAAGCCGUGUAGCUCAAGUAACGAUAUUAAUAGGAUUGACAGCAUCACUUCUAUUAGGUUCAAUUCAAUUGGGUCUUUUUGAGGUGCCUCUUUCUGAAGUAGUAGAUAUUCGUUUAUCACCUGUAGGAGUAGACAGUGUUAUUUUACAGGAAGAUAUGGUUGGGCAACCCUUGUUUGAGGAAGAGUAAAUGGCUUUUACUAUACAAUGUAAAGUGAAAGACUAACCAAAUAUAAAAAAUAAAACCAUUCUCUCUACC